AUGCCCGGUUUCGCACAGGCCUCCGACCUCAAUGCCUGGUCGGCGCUUCAGGACCACCACCAGAAGCUCGGCAAGGACAUUGUACUUAAGGAGUACUUCAAGAAAGACCCACAGCGAUUCGAAAAGUUCAGCCGCACCUUCAAGAACGAUGCCGAGAACUCCGAGAUCCUGUUCGACUUCUCCAAGAACUUCAUCACAGAGGAGACACUGAAGCUUCUCAUUGAGCUCGCAAAAGAGGCUGGCCUCGAGAAGCUCCGAGAUGACAUGUUCGCUGGUGAGAAGAUCAACUUCACCGAGAACCGUGCCGUCUACCAUGUCGCUCUCCGUAAUACCUCCAACCAGACCAUGAAGGUCGAUGGCCAGAGUGUCGUCGAGGAAGUCAAUAGUGUGCUCGACCACAUGAAGGAGUUCAGUGAGCAGGUUCGUAGCGGCGAGUGGAAGGGAUACACUGGCAAGAAGAUCGAUACCAUCAUCAACAUUGGUAUUGGUGGUUCAGAUCUUGGUCCCGUCAUGGUAUCAGAGGCCCUCAAGGCUUACUCCCAGCGCGACCUCAAGAUCCACUUCGUCUCCAACAUUGACGGUACCCACAUCGCAGAGGCCCUGAAAGACUCCAACCCGGAGACAUCGCUCUUCCUCAUUGCUUCCAAGACCUUCACCACCGCCGAGACAGUCACCAACGCCAACACUGCCAAGUCAUGGUUCUUGAAGAGCGCAAAGCAAGAGGACAUUGCCAAGCACUUUGUGGCUCUCUCCACCAACGAGGCGGAGGUCACCAAGUUUGGUAUUGACAAGAAGAACAUGUUCGGUUUCUCCGACUGGGUCGGUGGACGUUACAGUGUCUGGAGCGCCAUCGGUUUGAGCGUCGCUCUCUACAUUGGUUUCGACAACUUCCACCAACUUCUCGCUGGUGCCCAUGCCAUGGACAAGCACUUCAAGGAGACUCCUCUAGAGCAGAACAUCCCCGUCAUUGGUGGUCUGCUAAGUGUAUGGUACUCGGACUUCUUCGGUGCCCAGACACACCUUGUCUCUCCCUUCGACCAGUACAUGCACAGGUUCCCUGCCUACCUCCAGCAACUGUCCAUGGAGUCGAACGGUAAGGCCAUUACCCGCAGCGGAGACUACGUCAAGUACACUACUGGCCCCAUCCUCUUCGGCGAGCCAGCCACCAACGCCCAGCACUCCUUCUACCAGCUCCUCCACCAGGGCACCAAGCUCAUCCCCACCGACUUUAUUCUCGCUGCCAAGAGCCACAACCCUGUAGAGAACAACAAGCACCAGAAGAUGCUUGCGUCUAACUUCUUCGCCCAGGCCGAGGCUCUCAUGGUCGGCAAGACCCCUGAUGAGGUCAAGGCUGAGGGCGCCCCUGAGGAGCUGGUUGCCCACAAGACCUUCUUGGGCAACCGCCCCACUACCUCCAUUCUUGCCGACAAGAUCACCCCAGCCACUCUUGGUGCUCUGAUUGUCUACUACGAGCACCUCACCUUCACCGAGGGCGCCAUCUGGAACAUCAACAGCUUCGACCAGUGGGGUGUUGAACUUGGAAAGUCGCUUGCCAAGAAGAUCCAGGCUGAGCUCGACGACGACAAGGAGUCUACUGCCCAUGAUGCCAGCACGAGCGGCCUCAUCAAUGCUUUCAAGAAGAAGUCUACUUUGUAAGCGGCUCACGGAAGUGCCGGGAUUGGCUGUAAUGGCUAAAUGACCUCAUGAAUAAUAGGUAGAAGAAGGAGGAAAUCCUGAAGUAUCCCAAGAUGAUACCAAUAUAUAUACAUAAGAAUGAACAUAUAUGUACCUCUGCA